AUGGAAGGUUAUAAGAGAUGGGUGAGACAGAACAAAGAGUACGUGCACUCUUUAGAAUCUUUGGCCAAUGGAUUGACAUGGCUUCUUCCUGAACGGUUUUCUGAAUCAGAGAUUGGACCAGAAGCAGUGACUACCGUUCUGGGAAUCGUCACAGCUAUCAAUGAACAUAUAAUUGAUAGUGCUCCUGACCAAAAUAUUACAGGCUCUGAUCUCUCAUUAGCGAAAAUUGUUGAGCUUACGACUGGAGCUCAAACACGAUACACUUACAUGUCAGGAUCAUGA